AUGACCAUCGCUGUCACUAUCUCGCGCGCCGCCGUGGAGGCGGUGGGCGCUGUCAUCCCCGCCUGCGCCUUCAUUACGGUCAGCCUCCGAUUCUGGGUGCGAAAUUCCAAGUCGAACCCUCUAGGCUUGGAUGACUGGUUCAUCUUCAUCGCCCUUAUCCUCAACCUUGGGCUGGGAGCUACUCUGAUUGCUGGUGCUGCCGUCGGCGUGCUCGCUGUGCCAACGCCCAGCGGGGAUGGACCCACAGGCUUCCUCACCGUGAAUAGCCACGAGAUGGCGACGAUGAACAAGAUCUAUUUCUUUUACAAUAUGCAGCAGCCAUUGACCUUCGGCAUCAUCAAGCUUUCCGUGCUCUUCUUCUACCGGCGAAUUUUCCGUGGCAAGAUUUUUGAUAUUGUAUCAAAGGUCAUGCUCGGUAUCAUCACCAUAUGGACGAUCGCCUAUUUCUUCGCAGCCGUGUUUGUUUGCAAGACGGCCUUCUGGGCCAUCUGGGGCAAUCUGGAGCAGUACCUCGCGCACUGCGGCCAAACGACAACAAUACCCGAGUCUCUCGCUAUAUCCGAUGUGAUUUUAGAUGUGAUGGUCUUGAGCAUACCGAUUCCAAUGGUAGGUGAACCACUACGUCUUGUGUGUCUCAUGUGA